AUGGACCAGCAGGCAGAGCAGGAAGCCUGCAACCCAGGCGAGCUCGAGGGAGGGGCUCGGCAGGAUGGCAAGGAGGGGGAGGCGCUGAAAGGGACCGAGGCGCAGCCUGUUCCUCCUCCUCCUGCUGCUGCUGCUGCUGCUGCAGAAGCUGCCAUCCGGGCGCCUUCCGCGCCGCCUUCCGCGCCGCCGCAGCCCGAGGCGCUGCUCAGCUCGGGCGAGUACGAGUGCCGCAUCUGCUACAACUUCUUCGACCUGGAGCGCCACGCGCCCAAGCUGCUGGAGUGCCUGCACACCUUCUGCCAGGACUGCCUGGCGCAGCUGCACCUGCGCGGCGGCGAGCACUCUCCGCGCGGCCGGGGCGCUCCCCCCGACUCCCACCUCACGUGCCCGGUGUGCCGGCACCGCACGGCCCUGCCCGACGGCCGCGUGCACAGCCUGCCCGUCAACACCAAGCUGGUGGAGGGCAUCUUGCAGCAGCUGCGCGGCUGGGCGCCUCUGCUGCGCGACCUGCGCGCCCAGCGCCUGCUGCUGCUGCAGGUGCCCCGGCCCCCCGCCCGGCAGCCCUCGCCGUCGUCGGACCGCAGCAGCGGCGCGGCCACCAUCACCGUGGGCAGCCCGGACGCCUCUUGCUCGGAGGACCCCGGCGACGGCCACUGCUGCGCCUCCUGCCGGCGGAAGGCGGGAUGCGUCUGCCUGGUGUUCACCUUCCUGGCCAUGGUGCUGCUGGGCUUCGCGUGGAUGGAGUGGCUGACGGGCUCCAUCUUCCUCGGCGUCGCCCUCGUGCUCCUCUUCGCCUCCACCGUGCCUUUCAUGUACAGCUACAAAUCCAGGAGCGAGCCCAGGACUAUCUUCUUCGCCAGAGCGACGACCGGCGGCUCCAGGGAGGUGGCGUCGGGGCGCAGCACUCCCGGAGGCCGCGUGGCUGCCGAGAGCAGGAGCCGCUGCUAG